AUGCUCCCCAUCUCUAUCCUCCUUCCCCUCUACAUCUACCCCCUUCCUUUCGCCUGGAACUGGCUCUUAACAACCAUCCCCCUCUACCCCUCUAUAACAUACACUCUCGUCAUCAACCCAUCCACCGGACCCGGUGCUUUCAAUUCCUUCCCCGAUUCUGUCUAUAUCGAUGCCAUUGCCUCUUUGAAUGCAUUCGAUAAUGUGAAGUUAUUGGGAUAUGUAGAUACGGCGUAUAUGCAUCGAUCUGUUGAGGAUGUACUUGCUGAGGUAGAAACUUACAACCACUGGCAAGCCAACCCCUCAAAAAACAUCCACAUGCACGGCAUCUUCUUCGACGACUGCGUCUCCAACUGGAACAGCAGCACCGCUCAAUUCAUGUCUGCCAUCGCUACCUUCACCCAUCAAGCAAAUCUCAGCGUAACAUUUAAUCCCGGUGUUCUUGCCGAUCCCGCAUUUUUCUCUCUCGCAGAUAAUAUUUUGAUGAUUGAAGACACAUAUAAUAAUUCUGAAGCAUUACCCAGUAUCGAAUCUAUUCCCCCAGACAAACGUUCCAAAUCUUCAGUUAUAUUCCAUCAAUUCCCCGGCUCGGCAGCCGAUCAAUCGAUUUUUGUUGGGGAAAUUCUGAAAAAGGGGAUUGAUUCGCUAUACAUCACUACCAAGGAUUAUAUUAGUCCAAGUGAUCUCUGGACACAAUUUCUUGCUGCUGUAUCCGCAGAUACAAGUUUUUCUUAA